AUGAGUCAGGUCGCGCCACUUCCGAACCAAGCCCGAUCGAACGGACGGGGCAGAGUAGGGAGGCCACCUUCCUCGUGCCCCGCAUGUCGAAAGCGCAAGAUCGCAUGCGAUCUUGUCGGAAUCUGCGCUGACUGCACCCUUGAUGAGGCUAACUGCGUUCGCCCUCGCAUCGAUCCUCACCAGCCUUCGAACUCUGCCGCUUCAGAGCCCAGCUCACAGCAGUCUCGGGAAGGAGGUGAUCACUCUGCCGACUUUGUCGGCGCGGAGACGAUCCCUCGGCAGUCUCAAGAAGAAGCAAACCUGAUUGUCGAUUCUGCUGAUGCAGAGACCGGAUCGAACCACCAAGACCAAAUGGCCAUCCUCCCUUCCUCCCUGACCGACGGAGACCAAGUCCCUGACGUCUUCUCUUUCGACCUACCCGACUUAGGCGAACUCCUACAAGAUUGGCAAGGACAAGCAGUAUCCUCAACGAACCCUUCUCACGCCUUCCCUUUCGACCUACCCGACGGUGACCCACUCCCACAGGAUCGGCAAGGACAACCAGGAUUCCCAAUCGAUCCUGCUCCUUCGGGGUUCUUCGGGUCUUCGGGAGCAUUUUCUCAGCGGUCUCAAGAAGGAACCGAUCAUCCUUCUCAACACUCCGGUCACGCUCUAGAGGGAAUCGCUGAACCUUUCGACUUCUCACAGUUCUUGGUACGGCUUUCAGAAGGUACGGAUCGGGUUUUCCGAUCUGUUGAUCGAGGCUCAACCCCGCCGCUGUCAGACGAAGACAUGGACCAGUCUUCUGACAUGGACGAUUCAGAGACAGACUCGGAGCAGUCUCACGCAGAAGCCUCCCGGACUCCAAUGCUCUUUUCUGACAUAAGCGGCAGGCGUAGUACCCUUGAGGACCGCCUUCGGGACGCUAAGGAAGUGGCAGUCGAGUAUGGCACGCCCGCGCUCGUGGCCGAGUUCGUGAGCGUCACGCGUCUUGAAGCUACCAUCCUCUUAAUGUAUGAAGCGCAAGAAGUUCACAAAGGGUAUCUGGCCGCGGACGAUGACGACGUCCUCUCAACUCUGUUUGGAAGGCAAUUCUCGCAUCCUUUGCAGGAAUUCGGCUACAGAAUGCGCAGGCGGGAACUCGGCUACAAACGACGCAGCAACAUGAUUCUCGACAUGUUCGCAAGAUAUAUCGUCUUGCUUUACGAUCAGGACGUCCGUCCUUCGCUCUUUUCUCUCUUCUCCUCCUACGGGCAACAACCGGUCGUACCUGAACAAGUCUGGAUUUGCAUCAAGUCGGAUGGUAAUAUCCCUGUCGGCACUGUCUUUGACACUCUGCCACAAGGAGGCCAAGAAUCUCAACUCAACCAGGUCAAAUUGCACGAAGUGACUGGCCCCGACUUGCAGCUCGUCCGCAAGAAGUUGUGGGAAAUCUACGGCUCGUCGAUCUAG